AUGGGCAUAAAACUCCUUGCAGUUUCUCUCCCUCUCCUUGUGAUCUCAAUUGCAGUGAUCUCAACAGCAGCCGACGAGAAAGGCGAGCCCCUGAUAACGAAAACUUGCGGCGGCACGGAGUUUCCCGACGUUUGCACCUCAGCUUUGGAGUCGGAUCCUCGGAGUUCGAGUGCAGAUGUUAAGGGGCUUUCAAGGAUUGCCUUGGAGUUCAGUGCAACAAAGGCAAAAGAGGCUGCCGGAGUUGCCUAUAAGUUGAUGCAAAAUUCAUCCGACUAUGGGGAUUGGUCGAAGAGAACAACAUGUUUCGAUGGUUAUAACUUCACCGCAGAUAGAAUUAAAGGGGAGGGGCUCCAAUAUUUUGAGGAGGGGAAGUAUGAGAAGUCACACCAACCUGUGAAUCUUCUUACUGAUGACAUAAAAUUUUGCACUAGCUUUGGUGUACCACAGUUGGUUGAAACCAACACAAUGCUUUCCAGGUUUACUAGUGUUGUAAAGACCAUUUUACAUCUCCUUUUCUGA